AUGGCGCUCUCUCGGAUGAUUUCAUGCUUCCCCCCUUCCCUGCCCACCCCACUCCCACCUGCUUCCCGCUCCAUUCCCACAGGAGCCAGGGAGAUGACAUCAGCACUAGAAGCCAGUGGACGCUUCCCCCAGCUGGUGCUGGGGAGGGGCGAUGCGGUUUAUCGUGGUGCAUGGGCUGGAGCUGGUGGAGGGGGGCGAAGGGAGAUGGCGUCUGCACUGGAGGCUAGGGCGCGCUUCCCCCAGCUGGUGCUGGGGCGGGACGACAAGCGUGUGCGGUUCAUUGUGGUGCAUGGGCUGGAGCUCGUGGAACGACCCUCCACCAUGUCACCUGAUGACGCUGAGUGGUAUGCUGAUCGGCGCCUCCAAGGUCGGUUCAUCGUGGUGCAUGGGCUGGAGCUGGUGGAGCAACCCUCCACCAUUUCACCUGAUGAUGCUGAGUGGUUCAAGAGGAUAACCGGGCGGCACGAGGUGGCAAUAUACCCGCGGGACUUCAAGUACUUCACGCCGCGGCCCAAACCCCGGAGGGUGCCUCAGCCGUCUGUGACUGCUGUUUCUGUGGCGAACCCGGCUGAACUCGCUGCUCCCAUGCACCACAUGGUAAGGGCGGGAACAAAAGAGGGGAGGGGGGGCAGAGCGGUGGGGAAAGGGACCGAGAGGGUGCCUCAGCCGUCCGUGUCUGCUGUUUCUGUGGCGAACCCGGCUGAACUCGCUGCUCCCAUGCACCACAUGGCUAUGCAGGGGGGGAUGCCUGGGCACCAGCAGAUGGGGCCGGGAGGGGGAAUGCCUCUGGGGCACCUUCCCCAGGGGCCUGGUGGUCCAUUGGGGCAUCUGCAAGGGGGGGAGGGGCAGCAGGGCAUGGGGCCGGGACACGUGCCGCCACAUUUGCCGAGGGGGUUGCUGCCUUCUGGGUCGCAUCACCUGGCCAUGGUUCUCACCCCGGUAAGUGCAUCGCAUCACCUGGUGACGGUUUAA